GGGUUUCUGGCUGACUGGGAUGGCAUUUAAAGGACAGAAGGAGGCUUUGGGGGGAGCCCCAGGCACAGGGGAGGGCCCGAGGGUGUCGUAGCCCUGUCAUGGCCUCAGCCCCAGCCCUUCCUUUCCCACAGGCCCACGGAGCCACCACGAUGAGGCUCUACAGUCUAAGUGUCCUUUACAAAGGUGACCCAAAAGUGCAUUUGCUCAAAGCUGCCUAUGAUGUGUCCACCUUCAACUUCUUUCAGAGAUCCAGUGUGCAGGAGUUCAUGAUGUUCACGAGCCAGCUGAUCGCGGAGCGCUCAGCGCUGGGCAGCAGAGCCUCGGUCAAGGAGCAAGAGUACCUGUGCCAUGUGUAUGUCCGGAAUGAUGGGCUGGCUGGAGUGGUGAUUGCAGACAAUGAAUAUCCACAGAGGGUUUGUUUCACCUUGCUGGACAAGGUGCUGGAUGAGUUCUCCAGACAGGUCAGCAGGAUGGACUGGCCCUCAGGGUCACCUGCCACCAUCAGCUACUCUGCCUUGGAUGGAUACCUCAGCAAAUACCAGAAUCCCCGGGAUGCUGACCCGAUGACCCGAGUGCAGGCAGAGCUGGACGAGACCAAAAUCAUCCUGCACAACACUAUGGAGUCGCUGCUGGAGCGUGGGGAGAAGCUGGAUGACCUGGUCUCUAAAUCGGAGGUGCUGGGGGCACAAUCCAAAGCCUUCUACAAAACGGCCCGAAAGCAGAAUUCCUGCUGUGAAAUUAUGUGACGUGGAGCCCGAGGUCUCCACCUCCGGACUACCAGCCCUCAACCCCCCUCCAUAGCCACCCUAGGGGUGUUCCUGGGGCUGGGCCAGGGGUCCUCAGCCCCCUGGGCUGAUGUGACUGUUGUCCACCUUAAGGGGACACCAAGGCUGGAACCGGGCUGGCACCCAUGGGGGGAGGUCCACACCGAAGACCCCCCCCAUCCUCACUGUUCCUGGGACAGCUUGGACCGGGGGGCACCCAGCCAUGCACUCCCCUGCCUUCACACCCCCCCAGGAGGAGCCCCCCACUGCUGUCCAGGGGGCUGAGGGGGCAGGCAGAGCCCCCUGCUGCCAUCCCAGGGGCUGCGGGGCUUUUUAUGUAUUUGUGUCCUAAGGGUGAGCUGGGGGGGUGGGAGAAGGGGGAAGGGAACAAGAGGUUUGUUGGGUGGGGAGUGCUCACUGCCUCCCUGGGCAGCUUCUCUCCACGCUGGUGAGCCUGGAGCUGUGUCCUGGUCUGGGGGACGGGGGGAGCUCACCAGCCUGCCCUGCAUCUCAGAGCCCCUGCCCCUACCAGCAAGGGUUGGGGGGCUCAGCACCUGCAGGCCCAGCAGCCCUCACUGCCUCCUCCUCUCCUUGGGAAGGGAAAAGUUGAGCUUGGGCUGUACCGCAUGGUGCUCUGGUUGUUUCCAUGCCUUGGCCGCGCUGGCCAGGGGGAUAAAGUUGUCUUUGGCAGUUGAAGCCCUGUUCCCUCUCUGUGGCGUCCUGGGGUGAGGUUUCAGAUGGACAUGUCCUGGGCACUCUGGCAGGGACGGAUGCACUUGGCCUUCCCUCUCUACCUCUUACUUUAAUGAUCAUUAGUUUUUCCUCAUAAUUUAUUUGCAGUUUUCCCGAGACAAAAACGAAAUCAGAGUCAUCUUUUACACUUACAAGGCUCAGAAAGAAAAGACAAAGGGUUUUUUUGGGGGGAGGGGCAUGGGGGGGGAUAUGCUGGGGAGGGGGAGACAGAAAAAGAAUGAGAGAAAAGGGGAGGAAAGAGAAAAAUUUGGCAACGAUCCACCAGCAUUCAUGGGACAGGAACAGCUCAGCUCCUCGACAUACAGCGUUAGCGCCCGAGGGUUGCUCCCGCGCAAAGGGCAUGCAGAGAAAUCAUCAGAAUAAUUAAAAAAUAAUUAAUAUCCCCCGCCCAUCCCGCCCCCUCCCCCCCAGCCAAAACCAGCCCUCAGCAUGGUGGGGAUGCCCUGGGGAAUUGCGUGGGGAGUGCCUGGGAGUGGAGUGAUGCCUCCCCAGGGAUGGGGGGGUUGGGGGUGAUGGAGUCCACCCGAGCGCUGGCCAUGGGAGGGGGGGUGCAGGAUGUGCUGCCGGUGCCCCUGUGCUGGGGAGUCCCCGGCAGAGCAGCCUGUGCCCCCUAAGAGACCCAUUCUCUUAGUCUAAAGUGCUUUCAAUGCUGCGUCAGUGCUGGCUGGAUCGUCCUGAGCCCACCACCCCAAAUCCCAACACCCCCCAGCUGCCCUCUGCCAUGGCACCCACAUCCCCCUUGCCAAAACCUGCCAGCUCCUGGAGCUGGCACCUGUGACAUGGGGUGCUGGGGUAGGGAUCAGCAGGGUGGGGACACGGGGGUGUGACUGGUGGACCCUCCCAAAGGCACCCACCGUGUUCCCUGCGCAGCAGUGCCCAGGAUAAGCCUCAGGCCCCCAUAGGCAGCAUUCCCAGGGGAGGCACUGGACUGGGGAGAAGGGGAGAGAGUCUGUGUGUGUCCCCCCCCAACCUCACUCACCCCCCUGGCAGCCCCCCAUUGCUGGGGACCCCCGUGGGAAUUAAAAAAUAAAUAGCUCUCUCUAUGUACAGGGGCUGGGGCAGGACAGAGCAAAGCAGAGCCCAAAGAACAACAUCCACCACCAGCGACAGCAACACGCCACGAGCACAGCCGGGAGGGGGGCUGGGACCCCCCUUCCCCCCCAGCAGAGACGGGCCGAGGGGGGGGGCUGAGCCCCCCAGCGCCCUCGCCUGUGGCCGAGCGGCUGGGUUAGGUUUGGGGGUGUGGGUGGGUUUGGGAUUGGGGUGGAGUUUUCCCCUUUUAUUUUUUUCUUUUUUUUUUUCCUUUUUUUUUUUUUUGUUUUUGUUUUCAUUGUUUUGGCUUUU